GCGACGAACCUGAGAGACUGUUCCCGUUUUCGUGGCCGUUCGCAUUCGCGUCUACUCUCCGCGCACACAGCAGUCCUCUCUUUUUCUCUCUCUCUCUCUCUCUCUCUGUCUCUGUCUCUCCGUCCUUCCGUCAUUCUCUUUUUGUAUCUCCCUCUCUUUUUUUUCCUCGCUGCGUGCUGUUAUAUGUACGAUACUUCUCUGGCGAUUUUACUAGUGCACGAGUGCGAGAGCGAGCGCGUAUCCGUCCGGCGAUAACGUGACUGCCGAAUAGUAAUCGUCGGAUUGUUUAGGCGUGCUGAAUCGUCACGAGUUGAGAUCGCCGCUCGCGGUAGCCCUUCAGGUAGCCCGAGAGAGAUCACAUGUGCUUACAAGUCGCUCUUGCAGAGCCCAGCAGUGUGAUCGAGAACCCGACGAUUGUUGCGUGAUACUCGAAUUUAAUUGACGUUCCUAACCUCACUUUGCGAUAACUCGCUCAGUCGCUCGCUCUCUCUCUCUCUCUCGCUCUCUCUCUCUCUCUCUCUCUCUCUCUCUUUCUCACUCACUCACUCACGCUCUGUCUCUCUCUCUCCUCUCUUUCUCACUCUCUGUCUCACUCUUCCUUCUGCCUUGGCCACGGAGAGAUGUCAGUUUAACGUCGACGAAAAAAAUCCAGUUGCAUUGCUCUCGCGGCUGCUGCUCGCCUCUAAAUAUCGCUUAACCCGAUAACUCGAUAACGUACAUCUCCGCUGCGUGUGAAGGAAGGGAUGCCACGAGGCAAGCGUAGAGGACUUUCUAAUACAAAUCACAACCAUACUUCUGUUGAAAUGUCACCUAGUGCCCAUGAAGAAGGUCUACCUAGACAUCCUUCAAAACGGUUAAGGCAACAUACCUCCAGUGCCCGACGUUAUACAAAAAACGAGGAUAUAUCCAGUGCAUCAACCUUUUCACAGAAGCGUUGUAUUACCUGGUUCAGGGAAUAUACCACACCAGACGAACCGGAUACUCUUGGGCCUGAAGGAAUGGAGAAAUUCUGUGAAGAUAUUGGGGUAGAACCUGAAAACGUAGUAAUGCUCGUUCUUGCGUACACAAUGAAUGCACGUCAAAUGGGCUUCUUUACGCUGAGCGAGUGGUUGAAAGGUUUUUCGGAACUCCAGUGUGACUCCAUUAGUAAAGUACAACAAAAGCUCGAGUACCUAAGGAAUCAAUUAAAUGACCCACACACGUUUAAGGGAAUCUACAGAUAUGCUUAUGACUUCGCUAGAGAUAAAGAUCAGCGAAGUAUGGACAUGGAAACCGCAAGAGUAAUGCUACAGCUGCUUUUGGGUAAACAUUGGCCCUUAUUUACGCAAUUUGCUCAGUUCCUAGAUCAAUCCAAGUACAAAGUGAUCAAUAAGGAUCAAUGGUGCAACAUAUUAGAAUUUUCACGUACAAUCAAUCACGAUUUAUCUAAUUAUGAUUUAGAUGGAGCAUGGCCAGUAAUGCUCGACGAGUUUGUCGAGUGGUUAAAAAUUCAACGGGGUGAGGAUGCAUCAUCGACAGAAGCAAGAGGCAGCUGAAACAUCUUAUGAGAAUAGUCUAUUGAACUAAGAACAAUUCAUCUCUCUUUUUGUCAUAAAGACUUUGUUAAUAAUGAAAUUUCCGUUUACGAAUCGUGCUCUCGCGACAUUUCACUUCACAUGCGUCACAUUCGUAUUAUCUCUUAUUUCUUUAAUUUUUUUUUUAUUAAACGAUAAUAAUGUAUUAUAAGUAGCUUAUCUCUUGAUAUGAUUUAUGGUAACUUUUACACACGAUUGAGUUCAAACGUACUCAAUUACUUUCAUCUACUUACAGUUGAUCCGGGGUUUGUCGCAGAAACUUUUGUGAUUAAAAAUAAAACUAUUUUGAUAUAUAAAAUUUACUUGUGCAAUUUUUAUAAGGAUAAUUUCGAGAUAAUGAAUUCUCCAUGAUGUAAGCAAGCUAAAAUCAUGUAACAUUUUCCAAAUUGAGUAAUACGCUUGAAGAUGAUUACCAUCAACAUACAGUGACUGUAGAAUGCACACUUUAUGUCAUUGCGAAUAUGUUGAACAUAUUAUUUAAAUAAACUAAUAAAAGAGUAACCAUACACAACUUUCACAUUCCAAGUCGAUAAUACGAAUUGUCUGGAUAUUCAUUAACACGUUUCGAGCAAAUUUCGAAAAUUCGUUUCUAAUUUUGUAUUUUAUUUGUCAUGAAUAUCUUGUGUAAUACCGAUUUUUUCUUACAAAAUUUUCAUUUUAUGUAUAAUAUUGUCAUUGAACACGACAUUUAACAUGAAUAUCAUUAAGUAGAAUCAUCGGCGAAAUAAAACACAUUAUGCCAGGUGCUACUACACAACGUUUAGUAUUCUAAAAGCAGUAUCAUAAAGUGUCGAUAUCACGCUAUUUAGUCAAAAUUAAGUAAAUCUUGUAAAUGCUGAAAUUAUCGAUGUAUAUUAGAAUAACGAACUCUUAUUAAAACAUUGUAAUAUUUAUUAAG